AUGCAGCUCUCCGUCAUUGACAAGGUUUUUCUCCUCGGGGCGCUUGUCGCGAGGGUCACAGCAACACCUACAUCGUCGUCUGGCAUCUCUGUCUCUGUCAAUCCCAGAGUUCAAUUCCAAGAAGUGGACGGUUUUGGAGCCUCUCAGGCUUUUCAACGUGCUGAAGACAUCUUCGGUAAAUAUGGAUUACCGGCCGUGAAUCAAUCACUCGUUCUCGAUCUUCUCUAUAAUGAGAAUGUCGGUGCGGGGUUCACCAUUCUCCGCAAUGGCAUCGGCUCCAGUAAUACUUCCAACAGCAAUCUCAUGAACUCAAUCGAGCCAAAGAAUCCAGGGGGUUCGAAUGCAACUCCUGAGUAUGUUUGGGAUCACUACAACAGCGGCCAAUUCCCUCUCGCUGAACAAGCCUACUCUCGCGGUCUCCAUACUCUCUAUGCCAAUGCGUGGUCCGCUCCGGGCUACAUGAAGACCAACAACGAUGAGAACAACGGUGGAUACCUCUGUGGUGUGGCAAACGAGCCAUGUGCCAGUGGAAACUGGAUGCAGGCUUAUGCCAACUAUCUGGUCCAGUACGCGCGGUUCUACAAAGAGUCUGGGGUGACAGUCACCCAUUUGGGUUUCUUGAAUGAGCCCCAAUUUGCUGCUACCUAUGCUGGCAUGCUCUCAAACGGUACACAGGCUGCUGAGUUUAUCCGUGUGCUGGCCAAAACUGUCAAGAAAUCUGGUCUCGAUGUCAAAAUAACCUGUUGCGAUGGCAUUGGCUGGGAUGACCAAGAAGCCAUGAUGGCAGGUCUGAACGCGGGUCCAGAUCCAGCUAUCAACUACCUUGACGUAGUAACCGGCCACGGAUAUGACUCGGCGCCUAGCUAUCCUUUGAGUACCAACAAGAAGACCUGGCAGUCCGAGUGGGCCGAUCUGAGUGGUGGCUAUACACCUUACGAUUUCUACAAGAAUGGAGGCCCCGGAGAGGGUCUGACUUGGGCCAAUCACAUCCAGGUUGCGCUAAGGGAUGCUGGAGUUAGCGGAUUCCUCUACUGGAUUGGCGCUGAAAACUCGACUACAAAUAGUGGCCUGAUCAAUCUCAUCAACAACGAGGUGAUUCCGUCUAAGAGAUUUUGGUCUUUUGCUCAGUUCAGCAGGUUUGUGCGCCCCGGUGCUCGCCGCAUUGAGGCUGCCAGUACCUAUGCAAAUCUCACCGUCAGUUCGUUCAAGAACAAGGAUGGACGCCUUGCCACUCAAUUAAUAAACCAGGGCGAUUCAACGAUUGAAGCCAACGUACGGAUCGCUGGUCUUAAAUCGGGUGUGUGGGUGAAGCCUUACAUCACAAACAACGAGUUUAACUUGGAGCCUCUGACGGCUGUUGUAUCGAAGAAUGGAGGGGCUUUCCAGGCCAAUGUUCCCGCGAGGUCAAUGGUUACUUAUGUGUCUGUGUAA